AUGUCGGAAACUAGUUCCGAGUACAAAACCCAGAAGCCAAAGGCUGUUUUCUCCACUUUAGUGGCGGAUGGCGACUGGCUGUUCCUGAAGGGAGAGUGUGAGAAGGCCGCGGAGAGCUACACCACAGCUCUCGCUAUAAAGCCAGAUGACAAGAACUGCUUUGUGGGUCGCUCCAAGUGCUAUCUGAAGAUGGGUCAUUAUGACAAAGCUCUGAAGGACGCUGAGGCUUCACUCCAAGAAGACAAGACCUUUUUUGAAGGCUUGUACCAGAAGGCCGAAGCAUUAUACUGCAUGGGGGAGUUUGAGUUUGCGCUGGUCUUUUAUCACCAAGGCCUGAAGCUGCGCCCCCAAAUCCAGGAGUUCCAACUGGGCAUCCAGAAAGCACAGGAGGCCAUCGAGAACUCAGUCAGUGUCCCUGCCCCCAUCAUCAAACACAAGCUUAUUCACGGAGACGCAUCGAAGCUCCAAAAAGAUGAAGAUCAUUCAAAGAAACCUCAAAUCUCCAAAAUGGGGAAGACAAGCAAAAAAUAUCUUGGCGAAUUCUACGAGGACAGGAAAUACUUGGAGCACCUGCUGAAAGAUGGAGAUUUGGUGAAAGGGAAAACGAGGAGCGGAGAACAAUUGCAGGAUGUCAUACAGAGAUCCCUCACCUACUUGGACGACUGCGCCGAGUUCUGGAACCAGCAGAAGCCCAGCGGUUCUGCGGGGAAAGACCCACGGCUCCUGCAGAAGAAGCGGGGCAAGAACCAACCUCAAGCCCCCUCACAGCCUGCACACUUUCUUCUGAAGAGUCUGGAGGACAUUCAUGCAGAUUUGGCAUCAGGAAAGACCAAAAGGGGUCUGAAGAAAGCUCGGGAGGUCUUGCAAACGGUGCAGGCAUGGUCGGAGAAGAACGUGCCGGAUAAAGACGAGGUUCUGGGAAGCCUUCACAGCUGCGUGGGGAGUGCUCUGGCGGACCUGGGAGACACGGACAAAGCGCUGGAACACCACCAGAAAGAUUUGGACUUGGCUGAGAAGUGCAACCUUCCUCAUGCAAGAUCCCGAGCUCUGGAGCACCUGGGAAACAUCUACACAAACAUGGGGAGCUUCACGAAGGCCAUACAGUGCUGGGAGAAGAAGAUACCGUUGGUCCAAGACGGCUUUGAGAAGGCGUGGCUGUUCCACGAGAUGGGCCGCUGUCACCUGGAGCUCCACGCACACAAGGAGGCCCGGGACUUCGGCCUGCGUUCGCUUGCGGUGGCCGAAGAAAGCGGCGAUGGAAAAUGGCAGCUCAAUGCCCACGUUUUGGUGGCACAAUCAGAAGGAAAACUCGGGAAUUUUGAGUCGUGCGUGUCACACUACCAGCGAGCUUUGACGCACGCCAAGCUGCAAGAAGAUGCAGCCGCCAUGGCCGCCAUUCAAAAGGCUAUUGAUGAAACAAAGCAGCACCCGUGAAGAUGAAGACAUCCAUUAUGACUCAUUUUAUCAUAUAAUAAUUAAUCAUACAUCCGCCCCGCUUUUAGCCUUGUUUUAGCUCUGAAUGAAUGUAUGGAUAUUGUAUUUUAA